CACAAGGCUCCAGCGCGGCAGUGGAGCGCGGCCCCCUGCUUGCGUCCGCUUUCGAGCGCCCGCGCGGCCAGCGCCGCGAUUCGAGCGGGGCGCCGAGCGGCCGAGGCUCGGUCACGGGCGCGGCGACCGCUCUGCCGGAGGCGGAGUUGCGCCCCAUCGGCCACGAGGCUGGAGCGCCGACAGGAAGGUGCCGGAGUGGAGCAGUCCUGGCGCGGAGGCGGCUGCUUUUGUCGCGCUGGCGGGCGCAGAGGCUGAAGAUGCUUUGGAGCCACCUCGGCCAGCAUCUGAAUUGCAUCGAGCAUGAUCGAGCAGGACAGGCUCGCCUUUGCUGAGCCGCAGAGACAGGUUUAGCAGUUGACUCGACAGAAGGCCACGCAGCAGACUCAGCAGCAGCAGCGCAACAGGAAGUUCAGCGCCAGUUGCGGGUCCAAGGGUACCUACCGCGGCCGGCGCAGCAGCUGGGAGGUGCAGCGCAGAAGUUGGCAGACGCUACGGCCGAGAAGGAGAAUAAGACGACGGGCUCGAUCUCAUCGGUGGAUACGUAAGGCUUGGGCAAGCCGCGUGUCCUCAGGAAUGGCGAGACCAAGUUUGUGGAUUAGUAUCGCAAGGCGCGCGCGAACUUGAUUGCGGUUUUAGGGCGCCCUUCAGAGGUGCUCUGGAGCGGACCGAAGAUCAGGCCCAGCACCCGGCGCCGAUCACCAUGGAGUCGCUGGAGAUCGAGUUCGGCCCCGACGCGGGUAAGAAUGGCAUCGCGCCAGAUCUGAUGGGGAAGAUCAGCCAGCUGCACGUUGCCCUGGAGACACUCGCGGAGGGCGAGAGCUUUUCGAUCGUUCCCAACAUUCAGAAAGGAGACGGACCGGAGCCCAUGAGAAAACUAAUUCGGAGAUGGGGGCCCACUGCCAGGUGGAAAAAGGAGAGUCUCGCUGAAGCAGAUCAUGAAACCGCCGCGCUCCUGCAUGAACGAGUUGCGCGCCAAUCCAGAAGAGCUUGGGGAUCCCGUGCGGAGGUGCAAGACGAAGAGGUCCGAUGGCCAUGACAAGGAGGUCAAUGACGAUGCGAAGAUUGCCGCGCUGGAGACGACGGACCCCGAGGGCCUGGAGUUGCACCUCGCCGUGGACAAGACCAAGCUGGACGAGAUUGACGAGAUGAUGAAGAAUACCAGGAGCUUUCUAAACUCCCGGCGGUCGCAGGGCGCAUGCAAGACAAAGCCCAAGAAGGACCGCGCGGGCGUGUUUUCGCUCUGCCAGAGCGGCCACGGCAGCGGGAAGCACGAGAGGUCUGGCGGACAGGGACCAGGCAGACAUGGUGGACCUGAGAAGGUUGGGCCGCUAUUUCAAUCGUGCUCGAGCUGGAAGCCUGAGGCGCAAGCUGCAGCCGCUGUCGGACAAGACAGACUGCGCUGUGGAUGCUGCCCGAGCGGGGGAAGGAAGCCGCGACUCGACAGUCUCAAGUUGGCAUGAUGUUCAUGAUGGGAUCCCACCUGGCCAAACCUUCUUCGACGAAUCAGACACCUGUUGCUCUCUCGAGUGAGAGAGCGAAUAUAGCGCUAUGCUCAAGGGAGCAACCCAUGAUCUCGGCUUGCAGUCCAUGCUCCACGACUUCGGAGUUCGUUCGACGGGGCUGAUCAAGCUGACCUCGGCGCCGAUCGAUUUGCGCAGCGAUAACGUUGCAGCCGAAGGCUUUGCCAAUAACCAGGGCUGGGGCGUGGUUUGUCACCCAGGAGCCAGAUUCCCAUGGCUCCAGGACCAGGUGAAGCUGAAGAAGAUAGUUGCCAGGCCAGGACAUUUUAAUCCACCAGAUAUACUCACAAGCCCCUGGACCAGUCAUGUAUUAGACGGCAUUAACGAUAUGAUGUGCUUUGUGACCGUCGUGGCCGAUAGGAGUUUGCAUCGAGAGUUGGAGUGCCUUCAAAAUUUGCCAGCUGGGCAGGCCGACAGUAGGUGAUGACUUGAGAGUGGCCACGGACCCUGUGCACAUUGCAGUUGUCACGACGACGCAGGACUGAAUUUACUUUUGGUUGCGGAAAAUGCUGUUUCGGUCGCUCGCGGAGCUUCGAUCGCCGUGCGAGUGGGCCCCUUUGUUUGAGCUCAUUACUGCCGGCUGGCUGAACGAGAGGUUCGAUCAGCCCGAGAUCGACGAGCGUGACGACGUGAAUUGCGAAGACUAUUUGGUCGUCGAUGUGGCGUAGGUGCCAGGCUCCCGCCUGCCGCACGCAGCGCCCGAGAGGGGGUGUAAAUCUCCCUCGGCAAAUUUCAGCACAGUCGCUGAACAGAUGAGACUAUGAGAGAGGUUGGAUUGAUAUGAUUUGUUCUACAGCUCAUGUGUGCCAAUAGGUUCUUGCAUGAUUACGGAAGCGCGAAGCUGGUGCAGUUUGCGACAGAUUCUGCCAUCGGGAACGUGAAUGUGGUGCAAUGUGC